UGAGCCAUGUCGUCGGUUCCCUCCAGCACAGACUCUGUGGGCCCCGUGCCCUCCGUCUGCCCCCAUGCAGCCAAACUCUGCAACGCACAGGCCAACGGAGUGGCCACCAUUUUGAAUGGGGGGUCCAAGGUCAACGGAGAAGCCAUGUUGAACGGCCACAAGUUCUCCGUGAAUGGAUCGGCUCAAGUGAACGGGGACAGUGCUGGCCAUAAGGCCCAGAACGGGUCGGUCCAUGUGAACGAGGACGAGGAAGAGAACGACCUGGAGAAGGCAGCCGCAGGCGUGGAGGAGAGGCAUUGGAUCCGUCCUGACUUGCCCAGCAAAUGCACCUGGAAACUGGGCGGGUCUUCCACCGAGUCCCCUCACUGCCACUCUGCACUGUGAGUCACAAACUUAUGAACAGUAUUUGCAUAGAUUUCAGCUGAGGAGUUACAUCUCCAUAGCAGAACCACAGUAUUUCCACAUACUCUGCUCAUCCUCCCUCCUCUUUGAACACCUAUAGUUUACAUAGUCCACUGACCACUAAUUUCCCUUGCCUAGCUAAGAUAUAGUCACCAGCUUGGUUCACUAGAAAGGAGAACAAAGAACCAACAUAUCCCCGCCCCAUGUGCUUUUGUUUCUCUUUUUGUUGAGCAGCAGCAUUAAAAGCAGGAUGUUGUUUUGACUUGCACAAGUUUGACAUUUAUCCUGGCUCCAUUUUCCUGCAUAAUGACACACCUGAAAGGGCCAGAGCCACAAAGAAGACCUGGGAGGGAGGAAGGGUUGGGCAAGAGAUGUUUGGUGUUUCACCAUGACAUGACAAUUUUAGGAUUGUUUCCAGCAACACUGAAGUGAGCUGGCAUUUUGGCCUAGGGAAAAGGGAAUGUGUGUGUGGUAGGCUCAUGCUGAGGGCCUGGCAUUUCUCUGGCACAGUCUGGCUGUUUAACUCUGUAAUCUCUCCACUCGAUAAAUUAACAACUCAGUGCUGCCUGCCACAUGCACAGGCGUGUUUGUCUUACUGACAAACAGAAUCCAGAGGCUAGAGUACCAUGUUACAAAACUCACUGUCCCAAAGAUUUCAUGAAACAGAGGUUACCCUGUUACAAAAGUAGCCAAGUUACACAAGUUUCCAUCUUACAAAACUGUAACAACAUUCAAGAAGAUACAUUACAUGACCAAAAGUAUGUGGACACUUGCUCGUCGAAAAUCUAAUUCCAAAAUCAUGGGCAUUAAUAUGGAGUUGGUCCCCCCCGUUGCUGCUAUAAUCCACUCUUAUGGGAAGGCUUUCCACUAGAUGUUGGAACAUUGCUGCGGUGACUUGCUUCCAUUCAGCCACAAGCAUUAAUGAGGUCGGGCACUGAUGUUGGGCGAUUAAGCCUGGCUCACAGUCGGCAUUCCAAUUCAUCCCAAAGGUGUUCGAUGGGGUUGAGGUCAGGGUUCUGUGCAGGCAAGUCAAGUUCUUCCAUACCGAUAUCAACAAAACAUUUCUGUAUGGACCUCGAUUUGUGCACGGGGGCAUUGUCAUGCUGAAACAGGAAAGGGUCUUCCCCAAACUGUUGCCACAAAGUUGGAAGCACAGAAUCGUCUAGAAUGUCAUUGUAUGCUAUAGCGUUAAGAUUUCCCUUCACUGGAACUAAGGGGCCUAGCCCGAACCAUGGAAAAACAGCACCAGACAAUUAUUCCUCCUCCACCAAACUUUACAGUUGGCACUAUGCAUUGGUGCAGGUAGCAUUCUCCUGGUAUCCGCCAAAUCCAGAUUCGUCCGUCAGACUGCCAGAUGGUGAAGUGGGAUUCAUCACUCCAGAGAACGCGUUUCCACUGCUCCAGAGUCCAAUGGCGGCGGGCUUUACAUCACACCAGCCGUCGCUUGGCAUUGAGUGAUCUUAGGCGGCUGCUCGGCCAUGGAAACCCAUUUCAUGAAGCUCCCGACGAACAGUUAUUUUGCUGACUGUCCAGAGGCAGUUUGGAACUCUGUAGUGAGUUGCAACUGAGGACACACUUCAGCACUCGGCGGUCCCGUUAUGUGAGCUUGUGUGGCCUACCACUUCGCGGCUGAGCCAUUAUUGCUCCUCGACGUUUCCUCUUCACAAUAACAGCACUUAUAGUUGACCGGGGAAGCUCUAGCAGGGCAGAAAUUUGACGAACUGACUUGUUGGAAAGGUGGUAUCCUAUGACGGUGCCAUGUUGAAAGUCACUGAGCUCUUCAGUAAGGCCAUUCUACUGCCAAUGUUUGUCUAUGGAGAUUGCAUGGCGGUGUGCUCGAUUUUAUACACCUUGUCAGCAACAGGUGUGGCUGACAUAGCCGAAUCCACUAAUUUGAAGUGGUGUCCACAUACUUUUUUAUAUAUAGUGUACUUUGGAGCAAACAUAUCCAUGUUUACGAAGCAUGUGACAAAUACAAUUUCAUGAUUUGUUUUUCGUUGCCUAUUUUCCUGGGCUAUUUGUGAGUCUAUUCCAUGUUUUUUUUUUUUGUGAAUAUUGAUUUUGCUCCAUAACUGAGUCUCUAACCCAUACUCUCCUCUCAGGACUGAAACCCCCAGCAUUCUACCCAACAUCCUCGGGAAGAUCGGAGACACACCUCUGGUCCGCAUGAACAAGAUCCCCAAAGCCUUCGGCCUUAAGUGUGAACUUUGUGAGUAUUUACACAUACACACACAGUCAUGAUAUGACACACACAGUCAACCUUAACGGCAUGACACACAGUCAACACACACAGCAUGACACCCACUGAGCAUAUUGACACUAGCCAAAAGACAACCAGAUAAAGGGAAUAACUGUAUUUGCACUUCCUUGUUUGUGUCAACAUGAUGGAAAUACAGUAACUUAGCUGGCUGUGUCAUUUUAAACUCACAUUUUCUGUUCCCUCCCAAAAAACAGUUUGAGUGUGUUUGAUUUACACAUUGUGGGCGAUCAGCUGUCUUCCCCAGAGCUGUUAUAUGUUUUAAAGCAUGAAUCCAUAUAUCCGGUAGUAGAGGACAUGACAAAGAGGGAGGGAUCGAGAGAAAGGAAGGAGUGAGGGUUAGGAGAAAUGGAGAGAGGGAUAUGGAGAAAGAAAUGGGUACAUGGCGAUGAAAAAUAGAUAGAGGGAUAAAAUAGAAGUGAGGAAGAAUUAAAUAAUUGACCAAAGAAGAGUGCAAGAGCAAGGUAGAGGAGGUUCUUUAGACUCCUCCUGUAGGACAGUUUAGCUGUGAACGGUUACCCUUUGUUAUACUGUCAUUACUUCAAAGUCAACAUAAGGGUAUCAUAUAGCCUCUUUCCUGACAUUACAGUCCACUAGGCUCCACUGUAUGAUGGUAGGGGUCUUGUCUAAGGUAGGCUAGUACACUCUGGGUGGAGGGGGGUAUGGUCACCUGAAAGACCCUCUGUUCUGUGGGAAUAGGUAACUUUCUGAGGGCCACUGUAGCAAGGUGGGGUGGGAGGGGGGCAGGAGAGGGGCAAGGUCUUGUAUCAGGUGACACUAGGCAGGAUUGUGACAGUCACAAGGUUUGGGAAGUCUUGGGAAGUCAGGAUGUGGAUUCUGAGGGAAAUGUUACUGUCAUUACCUAUAGCAUCUGUUGUUCUUGUUGUUAAGGACCAGCUAUUCUGCACAGCGACUAGCUAGCUCAGACAGACCCUUGUUUUUUCUCGGAUUGAUUAGUACAGUUGACCAAUGACCAGUAAAGUACAGUAAUGCCAGACUGUUAAUAAUAGUGCCGUUUUGUACCACCCUCCAUGUGGGGGGUGUUUGAGUUCACUGCAUGUGAACCAUGUCACGGUCCUCAGUCUAAAUCUCUCCCCUCUCGCCAGUGAGUGUUUUUUAUGGGCCUAAUUGUUUAGAGUCUAUCUCUGGUUGAUUCACACGGCUUAGUGGGCCUGUUUCCAUGGUACUUCCAUGGAUUUUCACGUGAUUCAGAUUUACUUUUUGUCUGUCCAUAGUGGAUUUGGGGCAGUUUGGAGUCUGUGCCAAUCGGCUAUUGUACUUGUGUACGUGUGAAAGGGAGAGUGGGUCUGGUAUGUGUGCGACACUGUGGACCUUUGGACGACCCCCCCCAUGAUCGUGAGCCAGCGCAGUACAUAUUCAUAAUUCAACAUUUCCUCACACAUGAUGUUACCACCCUGUCUCUUUUUUUCUCUCUGUGUCUGUGUGUCUGUGUGUUUGUGUGUGUUUGUGUGUGUUUGUGUGUGUGUGUGUGUGUGUGUAGUGGCCAAGUGUGAGUUCUUCAACGCAGGGGGCAGUGUGAAGGACCGUAUCAGUCUAAGGAUGGUGGAGGAUGCAGAGAGAGCUGGGAUCCUCAAACCAGGAGACACCAUCAUCGAGCCCACCUCAGGCAACACAGGUACAAGUGUGAGAGAGUGUGAGAGAGAGAGAGAACUCUCUGGAACUGGCUAUGUGACUCACGGCAGAAAGAUUACAUCCCAGUUUUUUAUUACAUUUUUUGGAGUAUGCCUGUACAAGUGUGUGUACACACGUGUGUGUGUUUAAAAUGAGUUUGGCCUGGUAUGGUCAUGUAGUCACUGAGACCUCCCAGCCUACCUUUGACAUUAGGAUCCACAGGAGCCCUGUGUUGUGCGUUAUGGUCUGUACUGCUGACAUGACCUGCAGGUAUUCACACCUGUAUUUACACCUGUCCUCUCUCUCUCUUUGUGCUGCAGGUAUUGGUCUGGCCUUGGCUUCUGCAGUUAAAGGCUAUCGCUGCAUCAUCGUCAUGCCUGAGAAGAUGAGCAUGGAGAAGGUGAGGCUGCUGUGUGUUUGUGUACGUUUGUGUCUGUGCAUGUGUCCGUGCGUAGGCAUUUUUUAUGUAACUAACUGUAAUCUGGUCUUGUGUUCCUCAGGUGGAUGUGCUGAGAGCCUUGGGGGCGGAGAUCGUGCGUACCCCCACCACCGCACGCUUUGAUUCACCGGAAUCCCACGUGGGCGUGGCCUGGCGUCUGAAGAACGAGAUUCCCAACUCUCACAUCCUGGACCAGUACCGUAACCCUAGCAACCCCCUGGCCCACUACGACACCACUGCAGAGGAGAUCCUGGAGCAGUGCGAUGGUGUGUGUGUGUGUGUGUGUGAUAGAGAAAUUGAGUGAAGAAUACCCUUUCCCUACUACUGCAGUAAUAGACAUCUUUCUGCGCCAAUCUGCCCUUGCAGGUAAGGUGGACAUGUUGGUGGCAGGAGCUGGCACAGGUGGCACCAUCACUGGCAUCGCCCGCAAGCUGAAGGAGAGAUGCCCCAACAUCAAGGUAUGGCACUGAGUCACUAACACAAUGUCUCAGAUCUAUAAGAAGGCAAUCUGACUAACAUGUUAUCGCCCUGCCCUGUGUACUUUGUCUUGUAGAGCCAAUUCCAAAUUAAUUUAGCUGAACGUUUUUAGCAACAACGUCAAUUUAAGGCCCACAGGGAUAUAAACUAUAUAAAGUAUGUGGACACCCCUUCAAAUUACUGGAUUCGGCUAUUUCAGCCACACCUGUUGCUUACAGGUGUAUAAAAUUGAGCACACAGCCAUGCAAUCUCCAUACACAAACAUUGGCAGUAGAAUGACCUUACUGAAGAGCUCAGCGAAUUUCAACGUGGCACCGUCAUACGAUGCCACCUUUCCAACAAGUCAGUUUGUCAGAUUUUUUCCCUGCUAGAGCUGCCCAGGUCAACUAUAAGUGAUGUCAUUGUGAAGUGGAAAUGGAAACUGUUCGUCGGGAGCUUCAUGAAAUGGGUUUCCAUGGCCGAGCAGCCGCACACAAGCCUAAGAUCACCAUGUGCAAUGCCAAACGUCGGCUGGAGUGGUGUAAAGCUUGCCGCCAUUGAACUCUGGAGCAGUGGAAACACGUUCUCUGGAGUGAUGAAUCAUGCUUCACCAUUUGGCAGUCUGACAGACAAAUCUGGGUUUGGCGGAUGCCAGGAGAACGCUACCUGCCCCAAUUCAUAGUGCCAACUGUGAAGUUUGGUGAAGGAGGAAUAAUGGUCUGGGGCUGUUUUUCAUGUUUCAGGCUAGGCCCUUUAGUUCCAGUGAAGGGAAAAAAGUGCUUCCAACUUUGUGGCAACAGUUUGGGGAAGGCCCUUUCCUGUUUCAGCAUGACAAUGCCCCUGUGCACAAAGCGAGGCCCAUACAGAAAGGUUUUGUCGAGAUCGGUGUAGAAGAACUUGACUGGCCUGCACAGAGCCCUGACCUCAACCCCAUCAAACACCUUUGGGAUUAAUUGGAACGCCGACUGCGAUCCAGGCCUAAUCGCCCAACAUCAGUGCACAACCUCACUAAUGCUGUUGUGGCUGAAGUCCCUGCAGCAAUGUUCCAACAUCUAGUGGAAAGCCUUCCCAGAAGAGUGGAGGCUGUUAUAGCAGCAACGGGGGGACCAACUCCAUAUUAAUGGGCAUGACUUUGGAAAGAGAUGUUCGAGCAGGUGUCCACAUACUUUUGGUCAUGUAGUGUACCUUAUUGAGCUAAGUCAUGAAGUUGGAUCAUAAAAUAAUAUUGAGCCUGCCACUGAUAAAUAAAGCCAUACAAUGUAUCUCAAAUUGAUCAAGUAAAGAUUAAAGUUGCCUAACUUGCCUUUGCUUUACCUUUGUGUGUGAUGUAUUUAUUACCAUGUUAUUUUGACUUGAUGUAAUGGUUAGUUAACAUUGUUGUUCUGUGUUGUGUAGAUCGUGGGUGUGGACCCUAAGGGUUCUAUCCUGGCUGAGCCAGAGGAGCUGAACAAGACAGAUAAGACCCAGUAUGAGGUGGAGGGCAUCGGAUACGACUUCAUCCCCACCGUACUGGACAGAUCUGUGAGUGUGUGACAGUGACCUCCUGAGUUGAGCUGUGUGUGAGACUGUGGUGGUGAUGUGUUUUCUAUGCUGUAUACAGCAAGAUCUACAAUAAUAUACAGUAUGACCGCUCAAACUCAAAAGUGUGUUCAAAUUGCAUGUGGAAGGAAAAUUAUUCAUAAUCUAUACAUACUGUAUGCUGUAUCUGUGUGAUAUGGUAGAAUGCAUAUGAAUGUUACCCUCUUUUUCAGGUAAUUGACAUGUGGUAUAAGUCCAAUGACGAGGAGUCCUUUGCCAUGUCACGCAUGCUGAUCAGGGAGGAGGGGCUUCUCUGCGGUAGGUUGACUUCACACACAAUGACUGGUGCUCCCAAAAAACAUCAUUCUCUAAUAGUGUGUCUGUCUCUGUGUAGUACUGUAUGGUCUAACUCUCUCGCUCUCUGUCUCCCCCUCUCUCUCUCUGUCUGUAACUGUAGGAGGUAGUUCAGGCACAGCCAUGGCUGCAGCAGUUAGAAUGGCCACAGAGCUGAAGGAGGGACAACGCUGUGUUGUCAUCCUGCCUGACUCCAUCCGCAACUACAUGUAAGCAACUAGAGAGGGAGAGAAGAAGGGGAUGAGUGGAAGAGGAGGGAGGUUGAGGGGAAAAGGAGGAUGGGGAGCAAGUUAAAUGUGGGGAGAAGGAGAAUUGAUAUUCCACUUUUUUUUUAAUGGGGUAUGUAGUACCAGUGAUUUAACAGAGAUGUGAGCCUUGAUUAUGACCAAUUCUAACCCCUACACCCCAGGUCUAAGUUCCUGAGUGACAACUGGAUGUGUGAUAAGGGCUUCCUAACCCCAGAAGACCUGAUGAUGUCCAAACCCUGGUGGUGGAACCUGAGUCUGCAGGCUCUGAACCUAUGUGCCCCCCUCACUGUGCUGCCCUCAAUCAACAUCAAGAGGACCAUCAAGAUCCUCAAGGAGAAGGCCUUCGACCAGGCACCCGUCGUUGACGAGUCCGGGUACGCCUUUACCUGCUUACCAUAGUUACCUGGUUGUCAUAGAGGCCAUGUGCCAAUGUACCUUAUUGUGUAAAUGUUGACAAAACAUUAGUAUUGUUAUUGACAAAACAUUGAUUAGUAUUGACAAAACAUUGCCUGUAUUCAGUUGUCAUAAUAAUAAUUGCCAUAUCCUCUCUCUCUGUCUGUGUAGCAUGAUCCUAGGUAUGGUUACCCUGGGCAAUAUGUUGUCUUCAGUACUAGCUGGGAAGGUUAAGGCCUCUGACCCUGUCGCCAAGGUGCUUUACAAACAAUUCAAACAGGUCAGUCACCUCACCUAGAUGCCCUCACACUUUGACUCAACCAUAAGCUCUUAAACAAAUAUCUUUGAGUAGGGUUUCCUAAUUCUCAUUUGUCCGCCUCAGGUGCGACUAACAGAUAACCUGGGAAAGCUAUCCCGUAUCCUGGACACAGAUCACUUUGCCCUGGUGGUGCAUGAGCAGAUCCAAUGUAAGUUUACCCCUUCUUCCUCUUCUCCUCUCUUUUAUCGACCUUUAUCUUCCCAUCUUUCUGUCUUCCUGUUUCUCACUCUCACUUCCUCUUAUCACACCCCUACUCUUCUUGUAUUGCUUCAUCCUAUUUUUCCUCUCGCUCCUUUUCUUAUUUUUUAAAAAUCUUCUCAUCAAUGCCAUCUUAUUCUUCCCACCUUUUAUAGCCCCCACUUUGCUCCUUCUGUCCCUUUUCCACCACCGCUAGUUACCUCUGUCAGACAGUAGAGAAGAAUAUUCCUAGAAACACCUGAGGUGCGUUCAGUUCGCCUGAACAUUUGCUACGUUGCGGAACGGUUUGUACUGAACGACAAGUUUCCCCAAAACGUUAUUUUACGUUCUUGAACAGACUUUGAGGUACGUUUGCUCCCGUUUGGUGGGUGUGGCGAGGUGUGGCUUGAAGCAAUAAGUGACGAUUUAAAGUGCAGUGGCCAUGCUGACAGCGUUCCCCAACCCACAACCCCUCCCCCCUUUUCAAUUGGUCGUUAAGUACAGCACCGUUUCCAUUCAAUUGAACGUUCCAGAACGUAAAAACGCACUGAACGCAGCCCUGCUCUCUUCUGUUGAAGAUGACCAGCCCCUCUCCCUGUCAGCCAAUGAAAACUCUGAGCUGUCCAUCCUACAGGGUCAGGGGUUGCUGAUAAGGUGCCCCUUGGUUCCUCUCCAGGUAACCGACAGCAACCGUAGCACCUGUCUGCUACCAAAACAAACAACAGCCCAGCCAGAGGCAACGUGGCGGUUGUUUUCCCUCUCUUUCUCGCUGGUGUGGGACUUUGCUUAAUAGGUCAUACUGUUUUUGUCAACCCACCACCACACCUUCAUCAGAGGAAAAAGUACUUUCAACAUUUAUUUUGUUUAUACUCAUUGGUACACCGCAAAUUCUCCAGUGUUAAAUCAACAUUGACGGUAUUAAAUGUAACACUGGGCCAGUGUCUAUACGGGUCCACACGUUUGAGUGUUAAAUUAACACUGUGCUUAGUGCUGACGCUGUUACACUUUGUCAGUGUUAGGGAAUUAACACUUUCAGUGUUAUGCAAUAACACCUUAUAAAGUAUUUUUAAUAAUAAUAAUAAUAAUAUGCCAUUUAGCAGACGCUUUUAUCCAAAGCGACUUACAGUCGUGCGUGCAUACAUUUUUGUGUAUGGGUGGUCCCGGGGAUCGAACCCACUACCUUGGCGUUACAAGCGCCGUGCUCUACCAGCUGAGAUACAGAGGACCACAUUAAACACUAGUAAGUGUAUAUAGUUUGCACCAAUGGUGUUAUGCAAUAACACAUCAUAUAGUAUUUUUUACCAUUACACCAAGAGGCCCGUAUAUCUUGACAAGGUCACUCAGUGUUGGGUUAAGGAUAUUACAAUAAUAUUUACAAGUAAUUAUUGCCACAUGCUCUUAUGUAAGCAUUUACUGUAUAAAAACUUCAGAACUGGCAACGGAUGUGCUCAAACUUUAAUUAACUUAACCAUAGACCACUUAAACUGGUAAAACACUUCCACUCUUGGGUGGCUAAAAAUAACUAAUUGAAAGCCACGGCCCCACUAAGCCACGUACCCAACAUAAUUUCCCAGUGUGCUUUGCCUUUUCGAGUUAAAUUGUAGAGUUACCACCCAUGACUGUAUUUGUUAGUGACAGAGACAUGGUUGUUGAAUUCAUUCAUUUUCAGUCCUGUGGACUUCACCAAGUGAGUUCCUACUGUAGGCUAAUGUAAUCAUUAAAAUUUAACUGUUUAUGACAAUACGUUACAUAUAUCAUAAGGCCUUACUUUGAUGGCCAUGUUUGGUUUACAGGCCACAUCAGGCCUGCAAGUCACGUUAUGCUGGCUUGCAAAAUUAUAUGUAAUUCUUAUUGGAAUCCAGCCAGAGUUCGGACAUCUAACAGUUAGAAUUUCUAUUCACCCGCAACCUGCAUUCAGAAUGACUGUCAGAGUUAGGAACAUUGAUAAAGGAGACUACCUAAACCAUUUAAACUGGAACAACCAUUUAAGUAACGGGUGCAAUACAUCUAACUAACUGAUUGGAUUAGUUUAGAAAAAUGUAUGUUAUUUAUCUUUGUGUAGCAUAAGAUUAAUCAAUAAAUGUACUGUACAUGCAAAAACACAGAUAUUAAAAACAAUAUUUUAAAAAAUCUAGCUGCAGUAGCGCAUGCUGGGAAAUGAUGGGCAUGGUUUUGAUUAGAAUGUUUUACUCUCAACACAGUAAAACUGACACAAACACACACUCUCACUCAAAACUGGUUAUUAACACCAACAGUGGGGUUAUUAUUACUCCUGAAUCAACACUAGAAAUGUUACACUGAAAACACUAAGUAACACUAGCCAAUUUGCUGUGUAUAUUCUUUUCAUCUACUAUAAUUUACUGAGACAUACCUAUGGCAAGGAGUUUUUCUGACCAUGUGCCCUGAGCAGGAAAGACUGGGCCCCAGCUAUGACUAGGCACCCCUAUGCUCCCUAUCAUAGUUUGCUAUGUUCAUCCUAUAUCCAGUGUCCCCUGUCUAACAACAGGACCUCUUUGGAACCAGACUCUCGUUGGGACCUAACCCUAACCCUGUCUCUCAAACAGGAAGCUAGUUACAUAACUUAUUGUAAAAUGAUAAGGUUUGAUUUGGUGUAAUUGCCAGCUAUUGCAUCCUUGGAUGAAGAGCCUGGGAAGUUAGUUUCCAACUUCCUUUGUGGAGAACAUUCCCAUCUACCAAAUCUUGGACUUACAGUGGCUUGAGAAAGUAUUCACCCCCCUUGGCAUUUUUCCUAUUUUGUUGCCUUACAACCUGGAACCUGAUUCCAAUCUUUUUUUAAAUCAUUUGAUUUACACAAAAUGCCAAUCACUUUGAAGAUGCAAAAUAUUUAUUUUGCGAAACAAACAAGAAGUAAGACAAAAAAACAAAAAACUUGAGCGUGCAUAACUAUUCACCCCCCCAAAGUCAAUACUUUGUAGAGCCACCUUUUGCAGCAAUUACAGCUGCAAGUCUCUUGGGGUAUGUCUCUAUAAGCUUGACACAUCUAGCCACUGGGAUUUUUGCCCAUUCUUCAAGGCAAAACUGCUCCAGCUCCUUCAAGUUGGAUGGGUUCAGCUGCUGUACAGCAAUCUUUAAGUCAUACCACAGAUUCUCAAUUGGAUUGAGGUCUGGGCUUUGACUAGGCCAUUCCAAUACAUUUAAAUGUUUCCCCUUAAACCACUUGAGUGUUGCUUUAGCAGUAUGCUUAGGGUCAUUGUCCUACUGGAAGGUGAACCUCCGUCCCAGUCACCAAUCUCUGGAAGACUGAAACAGGUUUCCCUCAAGAAUUUCCCUGUAUUUAGCGCCAUCCAUCAUUCCUUCAAUUCUGACCAGUUUCCCAGUCCCUGCCGAUGAAAAUCAUCCUCACAGCAUGAUGCUGCCACCACCAUGCUUCACUGUGGGGAUGUUAUUCUCGGGGUGUUAAGAGGUGUUGGGUUUGCGCCAGACAUAGCAUUUUCCUUGAUGGCCAAAAAGCUCAAUUUUAGUCUCAUCUGACCAGAGUACCUUCUUCCAAAUGUUUGGGGAGUCUCCCACAUUACUUUUGGGGAACACCAAAUGUGUUUGCUUAUUUUUUCUUUAAGCAAUGGCUUUUUUCUGACCAAUCUUCCGUAAAGCCCAGCACUGUGGAGUGUACGGCUUAAAGUGGUCCUAUGGACAGAUACUCCAAUCUCCGCUGUGGAGCUUUGCAGCUGCUUCAGGGUUAUCUUUGGUCUCUUUGUUUCCUCUCUGAUUAAUGCCCUCCUUGGUCUUCAUGGUGCCGCUUGCUUGAUGGUGCCCCUUGCUUAGUGGUGUUGCAGACUCUGGGACCUUUCAGAACAGGUGUAUAUAUACUGAGAUCAUGUAACAGAUCAUGUGACACUUAGAUUGCACACAGGUGGACUUUAUUUAACUAAUAUGUGACUUCUGAAGGUAAUUGGUUGCACCAGAUCUUAUUUAGCGGCUUCAUAGCAAAUGGGGUGAAUACAUACAGUGGGGGAAAAAAGUAUUUAGUCAGCCACCAAUUGUGCAAGUUCUCCCACUUAAAAAUAUGAGAGAGGCCUGUAAUUUUCAUCAUAGGUACACGUCAACUAUGACAGACAAUUUGAGGAAAAAAAAUCCAGAAAAUCACAUUGUAGGAUUUUUUAUGAAUUUAUUUGCAAAUUAUGGUGGAAAAUAAGUAUUUGGUCACCUACAAACAAGCAAGAUUUCUGGCUCUCACAGACCUGUAACUUCUUCUUUAAGAGGCUCCUCUGUCCUCCACUCGUUACCUGUAUUAUAGGCACCUGUUUGAACUUGUUAUCAGUAUAAAAGACAACUGUCCACAACCUCAAACAGUCACACUCCAAACUCCACUAUGGCCAAGACCAAAGAGCUGUCAAAGGACACCAGAAACACAAUUGUAGACCUGCACCAGGCUGGGAAGACUGAAUCUGCAAUAGGUAAGCAGCUUGGUUUGAAGAAAUCAACUGUGGGAGCAAUUAUUAGGAAAUGGAAGACAUACAAGACCACUGAUAAUCUCCCUCGAUCUGGGGCUCCACGCAAGAUCUCACCCCGUGGGGUCAAAAUGAUCACAAGAACGGUGAGCAGAAAUUCCAGAACCACACGGGGGGACCUAGUGAAUGACCUGCAGAGAGCUGGGACCAAAGUAACAAAGCCUACCAUCAGUAACACACUACGCCGCCAGGGACUCAAAUCCUGCAGUGCCAGACGUGUCCCCCUGCUUAAGCCAGUACAUGUCAGGCCCGUCUGAAGUUUGCUAGAGUGCAUUUGGAUGAUCCAAAAGAGGAUUGGGAGAAUGUCAUAUGUUCAGAUGAAACCAAAAUAUAACUUUUUGGUAAAAACUCAACUCGUCGUGUUUGGAGGACAAAGAAUGCUGAGUUGAAUCCAAAGAACACCAUACCUACUGUGAAGCAUGGGGGUGGAAACAUCAUGCUUUGGGGCUGAUUUUCUGCAAAGGGACCAGGACGACUGAUCUGUGUAAAGGAAAGAAUGAAUGGGGCCAUGUAUCGUGAGAUUUUGAGUGAAAGCCUCCUUCCAUCAGCAAGGGCAUUGAAGAUGAAACGUGGCUGGGUCUUUCAGCAUGACAAUGAUCCCAAACACACCGCCCGGACAACGAAGGAGUGGCUUCGUAAGAAGAAUUUCAAGGUCCUGGAGUGGCCUAGCCAGUCUCCAGAUCUCAACCCCAUAGAAAAUCUUUGGAGGGAGUUGAAAGUCCGUGUUGCCCAGCGACAGCCCCAAAACAUCACUGCUCUAGAGGAAAUCUGCAUGGAGGAAUGGGCCAAAAUACCAGCAACAGUGUGUGAAAACCUUGUGAAGACUUACAGAAAACGUUUGACCUGUGUCAUUGCCAACAAAGGGUAUAUAACAAAGUAUUGAGAAACUUUUGUUAUUGACCAAAUACUUAUUUUCCACCAUAAUUUGCAAAUAAAUUCAUUAAAAAUCCUACAAUGUGAUUUUCUGGAUUUUUUUUCCUCAUUUUGUCUGUCAUAGUUGACGUGUACCUAUGAUGAAAAUUACAGUCCUCUCUCAUCUUUUUAAGUGGGAGAACUUGCACAAUUGGUGGCUGACUAAAUACUUUUUUUCCCCACUGUAUGCACGCACCACUUUUCCGUUAUUUAUUUUUUAGAAAUUCUUGAAACAAGUUAUUUUUUUCACUUCACCAAUUUGGACUAUUUUGUGUAUGUCCAUUACAUGAAAUCCAAAUAAAAAUCCAUUUAAAUUACAGGUUGUAAUGCAACAAAAUAGGAAAAAUGCCAAGGGGGAUGAAAACUUUUGCAAGGCACUGUAUGAUAUUGAGAAUAUGUUUAAUUGGAGUAGUAAUUUUACAUAAUUGAUGUAAUCUCUUGCUUGCAGGACACAUUUCAGUGGUUUCGUCACAAACUUUCUCACAGUCUGUUAUCUCAAUAGUAAUAAUAACCAUCUCUCUUCUCUCUCUCUGUUUAGACAUGGAGGAUGGCUCGCCCUGUCUUAGACAGAUGGUUUUCGGGGUGGUAACGGCCAUUGACAUGCUUAAUUACAUCACCACGCGCGAGAGGCGGGGAAGCGCACGAGAGCGCACGCUGUCAGAGUGCUCAAUGACGUCAGAGUGCUCACUGACCGACUAGCUGUCACCACUUCCUGUUUCCUGUGGAGAGUAGGAAGUGACCGCCCGCUUGACACCCUCUGAGUAACGACAAUGACAAUGAAGAAGAUUAUGAAGAUGUAGACUUUUAGGAGUGGCGGGGGUUGUGGUUUAGUCUUAAAAGAAGUGUAUAGUCAUUUCCUCCCUUUUUGGCUACAUCGGUUUUGUUAUUUGUCUGUGAUGACAAUAAUUAUUCAUUGUAGCCUAUACUGCGAUUGAAGCAACUUAGCUGGUUUCAGAUACAUAGUUUUCCGCUAACUUUAAGGUAUAGAAAUUACAUGUAACAAACAGUGUGCAACUCGAGACACUUCCAUCUGUCUUGCCUCUUCAUUAUUGAAAGUAACUUUUACUUUAAGAUCUACAUAUAAAUAGUGUUCCUCUGACUUUAUUUUAUUGCCGAUAUCAAUAUCAUCGCUAGACUAACAACUCAGUAAAUUUGAAUCUUUCAGCUAAAUAGUCAUCAUAUAGCUACCAUUUUGUAUUGCAUUAAGAUUUGUAUGUAACUGAUAUGCAAAUGUGACAUACAUCUUUAAGACUUUAAAGCACAUCAUAGAUUCUUAAUUACUUAUUUGAUACCAACGAAGUUACAUCGCCAUGUAGUGGCAGCUAAAGACAUGGCAUGUACCAAAAAAUGGUUAUUUGUGUUGUUCAAUCUGAAAUGGAUACCAAGACAACAUUCAUUGACAACAUUCAAAGAGAUAGGAUGUCAGUGAAGGGUACCUGUCUUUUGUUUGAAGGGGUUGGAAAGUAAGCAAGGUCACAGGGUAGGUCAGGUUAAGGAUAGGCGAGUUUGGCACACAAUCAAACUGCAACCCAAACAGUAUGCCUUGUGUUGGGUAAUUUUUUUAUUGUAUUGAAUAAGGCUGUAUUGAAUAGUUUGUUGGUUGAGAGUAUUUAAAGCAGAGAGGCCCAUCACAGUGCAGGUGUUUUAUACAGGCAUGUCUGUCUGGGACAGUUUGUUUAAGCCAAGGGUUGGGUUGUUUGAACUUUUUACAAAUUUUCUGUACUUUUUGACUUUAUGUACAAUCAUUAAUGUGUAAUGUUAUGUAUGACCAUGGACCCAGAGCUGUUAUGAUCUAUUCACUUUAGCAGGGAUGUAUUUGUAUGUAAAUAUGUCUUUAGUGUUUUUAAGUAUGAAAAAUGUAUGCACUCACUAACUGUAAGUCGCUCUGGAUAAGAGCAUCUGCUAAAUGACUAAAAUGUAAAUGUAAACGUUAAGACAGAUGCUUCAGUAUUUGCGUGAGGUGAUGUGGCUAUGGUUAUGGAGGUGAUAUUUGAACUACAUUCCUGUCUCUGUAUUUCCACCCUGGCUCUGGGUCCAGCUGUUCAUUUAAUAUUUAUCUUGAUUUUUUUAUUCAGGUUCUUUUGUGAUGUAAUUAUAUUCUCACUAGUUUCCAAUAAAGGCUUGUUAUUUUUCUCUUGAACA